GGAAGUUACCGAGCCACAUACGUGUCCAUCUCGCGCUGCCCGUGACCGAGGACGGCGGCGCAUCCAGCGGCCGGUGCAUUUGGCGGAGCUCCCUCUCCUGCGAUCUGGUCUCUCAUACCUGGCAACUGACUCACUGAUCUUUUGGUGACCAUCCUUGACCGUAAUCAUUGACCUGCAGUAAUGGGGCGGAAGCUGGACCUGUCUGGACUGACCGACGACGAGGCGGAGCAUGUGCUCAGAGUGGUGCAGAGAGACAUGAAGCUCCGCAAGAAGGAGGAGGAGCGACUGAGUGAUCUGAAGCAGGAAUUGGAGGAGGAGGGCAGUCGGUGUUUGCUGCUGGUGAAGCAGCACAGGUUUAACGAGCAGUGCUGCAUCCGCUGCUGUCAGCCCUUCAGCUUCCUGCUCAACCCGCGCCGCGCCUGCCUCGACUGCACCUACAACGUCUGCAAAGCCUGCUGCAGCUACAACCAGCAGGAGAGAGGAUACAUCUGCACCUCCUGUCACAAGACCAGGUUCCUGAGAACGCAGUCAUUGGAGUGGUACUACAACAAUGUAAAGAGCCGCUUUAAGAGAUUCGGCAGUGCUAAAGUCCUCAAAACCCUCUACAGGAAACACAUCAUCGAGAGAGGAGCGCUGUCAGAGUUACCAGAGGUCAGUGCUCCUGAGGGCAGUAAUGAUAAUGAUGGCAGUGUGUGUGGCAGCGACUCUCCGUUCUACAAGCACAUUGAAGGUCACAGUAUGGCAGAGACCCUCACUGUUGCUCUGCGUGUUGCUGAGGAGGCCAUAGAGGAGGCCAUCACUAAAGCAGACAGCUACAGAGACAGCCUGGAGAAACAGAAUGAGGCUCGGUAUCUGCGGGAUCAUAAAGAGGAGCUCAUAGAGGAACUCGCCACCACCAUCGUGCAAAAAAUCAUUCAGAGGGGGAAACGCCCUGAGAUGCAGGCGGAGUAUGACUUUGUUUGGUCUCAGGCUCAGAACAGUGACCUUCCGUCUCCGACUUCAGCAUCAAACACACACACCUCAACACAGCGCACACACGCCUCUCCACAGCUCACUCCUCCUGCCCCGGCCAGCCUCAAGAGCUCCUACACACUGUGGAGGUCCCGCUCAGCGUUUUCUCUGACGAGUGACGAGUCUCCUGAUAAAGCUCCUGAAGCAGACGCAGACGAGCCCCCUGCUGGCUGUGAAGCUGCAGAGCCGGAGCCCGACAUCCAGCUUUACUCCUCCCUGAGGAGAGAGAGCCGCGCCUCAUCCGUACCGGGCUGGAAGAGCGUGGACCGUCUGGACAACUCCAGUGCUUCCUCCGUGCUGCAGUCUCCGGACGGGAACUGGAUCGCCCUGCAGAGCUCCCAGCACUCGCGGCCCAGCCUGCUGACCAAGCGGAAGAGCCUGGUGUUCAGCGUGCUGGAGAAGGAGUCGGGCGUGGUGUCGGCGUACGACGAGAUGGGCUCGGACUCGGACGCCGAGGACCAGAGCGGCUGGGGGGUCGCGCUACUGCAGUUCCGCAGACGCCUCUCGGACGAGUCGUACUACACGGACUCCCAGCACGACCCGGAGUGGACGUACGCCCGCCACCACCCAGCCAUCACUUCACCCUCCUCGGGCCAGUACACCAACACGGAAACCCUCAACUCGGAUUCAGAGGCGUCUACAGCGCCCCCUACCCGACUGCGCAGGCCCACGCAUAACGUCCACCAGCGGAAAAAAGGGCCUACCGAACGUCACCUGCCGUACAUGCCCUAUGCGCCCUAUAGACGCCCACCUGACCUCACAGCCCCGCCUCCGCUAAGGUCCGACACCUUGGAUGUGAACUUUAACCCCCGGGUGGGCGGGGACAGCAGCGAGGGGGAGGAGCGAAGCAGCGAGCAGAUCAGAAGGUCUCGGCGGCGGAGGCGGAGCAAGCGCGAGUUGGCCGAGCAGAGCCACAGAGCGCAUAACGCUUUAUACAGCAGUGCUACAGCGGAGAACAGCGCUGUCCUGCUCAACGCUAUGAUGAUGCGACGACAACAGAGCCAGGAGGCUCUGCCCCCUCUGCCCCUUCUCCACUACCAGACUCCAGACACUGUGACCCCACCUGACCUUCUGACCCCUGGUGCGAUGACUCCUGAACCUGAGUACCAGGACACGGUGACCCCCAACUCCAUGGCUGCCAGCCCACCCAUGCUUAACCCACUAGGGGCCAGCAAACUAGGGCCCACCACUCAGGGCCUCAAGCUUAGGGCCUCAUCUGUAAACGACACCAUGGAGCAGGAACUGAGGUCUAAACUCUCCGAGCUGGUUGGUCAGAUCAGCAGGGAGGAUAUGACGUCAUCCGAAGACGAGCCCCUCAGGAAAGUCGGUGACAGAGAGCGGGAGAAAGAAAGUGAGAGGCUGAGGCAGAGAGAGAGGCCGAGCGAGGGACCCAAGGAGAGAAUAGAGAGGAGCAAGAGCGAAAGACAGAUGGACAGGCAAAUUAGCCGAGAACGGGACAGAAGUGACUCGGUGAGGCCGAGACACGUAGAGAGAGAGCAGGAAAAAGAGAGGGAGAGACAGAGAGAGGUGGAAAGGCAAGUGGAGCGAGAGAGGGAGAGACGGGUCGAGCGAGAAAGACAGCUGGACAUGGAAAAGCAGCGAGAGAUGGAACGUCGAGCUGAAAAAGAAAAGGAAAGACGGAGAGAAGCGGAAAGGCACAGAAGAGAGCAAGCAAGACGGCUGGAGAUGGAGGGAGAUAUGGAAGAAAUAGAAAUGGCGAGGCCGGCUGAGAGAGAGCUAGCGCAAGUAAACGGGCCCUGCAUCGAAGCAGGCCUGCUCGAGAUACACGAAGUGACCGGCGUAACGGAAAAUGCCCUGGACGGAGGGGUGGAGAAAGGGAAAAGUGUAGAAGAAGGAAACGAUGCAACAGAAGACGAUCUGAGCGAAGAGACGGAGAAGAGAAAGUUGGUGCAGAGGAGCAAAUCAGAGACAGGGUCUGGAGAAAGAGCAGAACUUGUGGAGACGAGGAAGAUAAAAUCCGCCUGCAUGUCGCCUGACAGCUCCGCCUGUGAGGAGGAGCAAACAUCUCCAACGGAGAAAUAUUCGGCUGCUUCCUUAUGCAGCAUCACCACAGAGGUCCUGAAGGUCCUGAACGCCACAGAGGAAUUAAUCGGGGAGGCCGAGGGCAAAGGUCACGACCCCGUCGAGUCCCCGGCCAGCACACCACUCUCCUCAGGACCGGACAGCAAGAAACUGGACCAGCAUCUCACCAAGAUGGAGGAGAAUGUGUACCUGGCUGCAGGUGCUGUGUACGGCCUGGAGGGGGCGCUGAGUGACCUGGAAGACUGCGCUCGCAGCAUCAGCAGCUCCACCACCGAGACAGAACUGGCCUUCCUGGAGGACCAGGUGGCCACCGCCGCUGCUCAGGUGCAGCAGUCCGAGCUACAGAUCUCCGAUAUUGAGGCGAGGAUAUCAGCGCUUAAAAACGCCGGCCUGAAUGUGUCUGCAUGCUCACGGUUUUCCAAGUACAAGCCCAAGCCUAAGCCUCAGACCCUGGACUCCUCACGCCAGCAGAGGCGAAAGCUGCCCGCUCCUCCUCCCAGAGAAAAAGAGAGCAAACCAGAGCCGCAGGUGAGAACCUUGCGGCCAUGACGACGACACCGUUGACCUCCUUCCUGGUCUGUGAACAUCAAGCUCCACUGUCCACUCCUUGUGACUGAAAGGACCGCCAGGCUCUUCCACAUCAGUGCCUUGAUCCCACAUCCGGUCCUAAACCAUCCCAGACAUCUACCAUCACUCCUCUGGGCUUCUGAAUUGAACCAAACUCUGGAGCUUGGCGACACUUCUGAGCUCCAGCGCUCUGGAGACCUGCUCCUCUCUCUGCCUUAAAGGAGCCCACGCUCCUCUACGAACCAUCACAGAGGGUACCUUUACUGAAAGUCCAUCUAAUUCUAGAGUUAUACAUAUAUGAUCUCUGUAUAUGUAUCUUUGUUGGACAUGGAAAAAUUAUGACAGUCCGGGAAUUUUGUUGGACACAGAAAAACAAUGACAGUCCCUCUUUUUUCCUGACUGUUUUCUAGAGUGUCUUAGUGUUUGAGUUCUGUAUGUUGAUAGUGUUACACAAAAAGUACUUGUGUAUGACCCGUGUUCCCAAAAUAGGCUGAAUUAUAUUUGGUAAGAGUGUCAUAUGUGUGAAAUGUCAUGGUGAAACUAAAGAAAACUUAUACCCACCACA